CUGAGAGCGGAGUUUUCAUCAGAUUUCAAGAUGUUCUAUUGACUUUCUGCAUUUGAUCCCCUUUGACCAGUGGAAUGUUUUUAUGGAGUAAAUCUACCACAGUUCAAUUGAUUUCCCCAUUAUUGACUUCCACUUGCUCCAGCUGUCCAGCUCUCCGAGUUUGGAAACAAAGCAUAGAUGAAGACGUGUGCGUAUUUAAGUGUUCCGUGUCCAGGGAGACAGAAUGCAGCCGUGUCGGCAAACAGUCCUUCAUCAUCACGCUGGGGUGUAAUAGUGUCCUUAUGCAGUUCGCAACGCCGACGGAUUUCUGUUCCUUUUAUAAUAUCCUGAAAACCUGCCGGGGUCACAACAUAGAGCGGUCGGUGUUCAGCGAGCGGACAGAGGAGUCUUCCGCAGUGCAGUACUUCCAGUUCUACGGGUACCUGUCCCAGCAACAGAACAUGAUGCAGGACUACGUCCGGACGGGCACGUACCAGCGGGCCAUCCUGCAGAACCACAACGACUUCAAAGACAAGAUCGUCCUAGAUGUUGGCUGCGGCUCCGGCAUCCUCUCGUUCUUCGCCGCACAGGCUGGGGCAAGAAAAAUCUAUGCAGUAGAAGCCAGCACGAUGGCCCAGCACGCGGAGGUUUUAGUGAAAAGCAACAACCUCACGGACCGGAUCGUCGUCAUCCCCGGCAAGGUGGAGGAAAUCUCGCUUCCCGAACAAGUGGACAUAAUUAUCUCGGAGCCAAUGGGGUACAUGCUCUUCAACGAACGCAUGCUGGAAAGCUAUCUGCAUGCCAAGAAGUACUUAAAGCCCAGUGGUAACAUGUUCCCCACGAUCGGCGACGUGCACCUGGCCCCAUUCACGGACGAGCAGCUCUACAUGGAGCAGUUUACAAAGGCCAAUUUCUGGUAUCAGCCGUCCUUUCACGGUGUGGACUUGUCAGCACUUAGAGGAGCCGCGGUAGAUGAGUAUUUUAGACAGCCUGUUGUGGACACCUUUGAUAUCAGGAUUUUAAUGGCGAAGUCUGUUAAAUAUACCGUCAACUUCUUAGAAGCCAAAGAAGGCGAUUUGCACAGGAUAGAAAUCCCAUUCAAGUUCCACAUGUUGCAUUCAGGUCUAGUCCACGGCUUGGCGUUCUGGUUCGAUGUAGCCUUCAUCGGUUCAAUGAUGACCGUGUGGCUCUCGACGGCCCCCACCGAGCCGCUGACCCACUGGUACCAGGUCCGGUGCCUGUUUCAGUCUCCGCUUUUCGCCAAAGCCGGGGACACGCUCUCAGGGACGUGCCUGCUCAUCGCCAACAAGAGACAAAGCUACGACAUCAGUAUUGUCGCCCAGGUGGAUCAGACGGGUUCCAAGUCCAGCAAUCUUCUCGACUUGAAAAACCCCUUCUUCAGGUACACGGGCACGACUCCUUCCCCCCCGCCGGGCUCCCACUACACGUCUCCGUCAGAGAACAUGUGGAACACGGGCAGCGCCUACAAUAUGAACACGGGGAUGGGCGUGGCCGGGAUGCCCACGGCCUACGACCUCAGCAGUGUUAUUACCGGCGGCUCUAAUGUCGGCCACAACUUGAUUCCUCUAGCGGCCAACGCGGGGAUUGUCAAUCACACGCACUCCAGGAUGGGCUCCAUCAUGAGCACCGGCAUCGUCCCAGGCUCCUCCGGCAGCCAGAGUGGAGGUGGUUCGAGCGCUCACUACCCGGUCAACAGCCAGUUCACUAUGGGGGGCCCCGCCAUCUCCAUGGCCUCCCCCAUGUCCAUCACCACCAACACAAUGCAUUAUGGGAGCUAAACCACCUCCGCCCGGAGGUCUCUGAACUGACAGUGCCAGGAAACCAAAUGAAGACGCCCCCUCCGCCCCGCCAGCCGGCUCGCUGGGGCCAUUUUUACCGGCCCAUGAGCCCAACCCGCCCCUCGGCUCCUCCGCUCUUUGAUAUCGGACUUGAACAGUUUUUUAUGAAAUGUCGAACCUCAGAUUCUCCGCCCGCGUCGAGCCCCAAGCGCUAGCUGCCCCCUGCCACCCGAUCAUGUAGCAAGUCCUGUUAGUUCACCACCUUCCGUAACAGCCGGGGCUGCGGGGGCCAGGCCGGCCGGUGGCACCAGGGCACCUGCCUGGGCUUUGUGCAGAGAUGACUGGCGGCCCCGCGAUUCCUUCCUAGCCGCUGCUUGGGGGCUUUCAGGCCUGGCUCCCUGCUGGGGCGGGCGCUUGUUCUACCAGGAGUCCAGUGGCGGAGCCCCUGCCCCCAGCCUCUUUGGGGAGGGUCUUUUAUCACCCCAGCCCUGGUCUCUGCUGAUGCCCGAGGCGGGGGCCUGGCUGCUCACCAAGACAGCUGUGACCAGCAGGCCUGGUACCUGCCUUGCAGGAAAUGCCGGUGUGCCAGGAGAGCAUUCAGCACACCUUGAAUGUCCCAAACUCCCUUGUGCCCUGGGGAGCAGCUGUGCCCAUCUGCUGCCAGCUCCACGGCCCCUCUGAGCAGCUGGGUCACCCUGCCCCCUCCUCCUGGCAGGGCAGAGCUGAGCCAGCCUGGGCUCUGGCCCUGCGCUGCUGCCAGGGCCUGGAGUGCGGGAGCCCCCGUAGCCCCUCUAGGACAGUGCAGUGUAACCGGCACCCAGGGAGAGCGCGGAUUGGUUUUCCUUUUGUUUCCUUUCCAAGAGCCCCCCCCUUGGUGAUUCUCGAAAGGAUUUUGCAGGGCCCCCUCUGGAGAAAACGAAAUAAAGGAAUUGUGUGUUU